ACGGAAAUGAAUUCCAUAUUAAUAACGGGAUGCAAUCGUGGCCUUGGUUUGGGUCUUGUAAAGGCUUUGGUCAAUUUGCCCAAACCACCAAAACAUGUCAUUGCCACAUGCCGUAAUAAGGAGCAAGCCAAGGAAUUGCAAGAUUUGGCAUGUGCAAAUUCAAAUCUUCAUAUUAUGGAAAUUGAUUUGCGUAACUUUAAUUUAUACGAUAAAUUUGUCCAACAAAUCGAUGAAAUUACCUCGGCUAAAGGUUUAAAUGUCCUCUUCAAUAAUGCUGGAAUUUCACCGAAAUCAACACGGAUUAAUAUGACCAAUGCCGAUGAUAUUAUAAAUACACUGCACACGAAUACUGUGGUACCAAUUAUGUUGGCCAAAGCCUGUCUGCCACUACUGAAGAAGGCUUCGAAAGCUAAUGAGUCUUUAGAUUUGGGUGUACAACGUGCCGCCAUCAUAAAUAUGAGUUCUAUGUUGGGUUCAAUGGAAUUGAACGAGACCGGUGGCCUAUAUGCCUAUCGUACAUCCAAGGCGGCUCUGAAUGCUGCCACAAAAUCUUUAAGUAUUGAUUUAUUUCCGCAUAAAAUUCUAUGUGUUGCCUUACAUCCUGGUUGGGUACGCACAGAAAUGGGUGGUAAAAACGCUCCGCUGGAAGUUGAACCAACAACAGCGGAAAUUAUCGAUACUGUAAUGAAAUUUAAUGCCACACACAAUGGCGGUUUCUAUCAGCACGAUGGUAAGAAAUUACCAUGGUAAAG